UCCAGACAUUGCCAUGGACUGGUCGGACCACGCACUUUGGUGGCCUAAAAGAAAUCACUGGCUCACCAGAACAAGGAGCACUUUAGAUCAGUACGGAGUUGCGGCAGAUGCUCUUUUACAUUUUACACCGAUGCACAAAACACUUCGUGUACAAUUGCCAGACAUGCGUUAUCUUGAUUGUCGAGUUGAUUUCUCCGUCAAGACUUUUAAUACUGUUAUAAAUCUAUGUAAAGAAUUAGGAAUAAGACAUCCAGAAGAACUAUCAUUUUGCAAACCCCUUGAGCCUAAUCACUUGAAGUACAACUUAAAAGAUCUGCCAGCGAAAAAGAAGAUAGAAAAUCAAAAGAACGGACAUUGGAACGUGCCAGCGGAUACAAACACUUUUAUCCCAGUCAGUCAAAGUCCACAAGGAUCGAAUGGAAGUUUAGAUCAGAGCAGUCCUUUUAUGUGCGCUCCAGUCACCCCGAACAAUAGGAAUCACAGCACGCCCAUCAGUUCUCCAGUUUCACAUACGGGCACUUGGAAGAGGAAUAAUAAUUCAUCAGGAUUCGGGAGUACCGGUUCAUUCAACGCAAACAAUAGUACAAUGAGUUUAGAGGCAUUAAACGGUGGGAUGACCGAGUCAUUGGCUCAGAGCCCAUCCGCGGCAUCACCAGACGUCCAUGCCAAACUAAUAAAACCUAAAAAUCUGGUGGAACGCGCACGGAUGAACGUCGCAUGGCUCGACUCCUCUCUCUCAAUAAUGGAACAAGGCAUUAGAGAAUUUGACAUUCUCAGACUUAGAUUUAAAUUUUAUUCGUUUUAUGAUUUAAAUCCCAAAACUGAUGCUGUUAGAAUCAAUAUGAUUUAUGAGCAAGCUAAAUGGCAGCUUCUUGCCGAAGAAAUUGAUUGUACCGAAGAAGAGAUGCUGAUGUUCGCAGCUCUGCAGGUACAAGUGAAUCUCCAGGCAAGUAUGCCACAGCCGAGUUACGAGAGCAAUGGAUCAUCAUCGCUGAUUGAAGAUGAUAUUGAUGCAGCACUUACGGAUUUACAAGUCAGUCUCGAAGGUAGCAGUAUCAGUAAUGGAACCAGCGAUGUUACUCAAGUACCAGAGCUCUGUGAUUAUCUUCGGUUCUUCAAACCAAAACGUUUUACGCUCAAGGCAUUUAAGCGUUACUGGUUUACAUGCCGAGAUCUACAGCUCAGAUUGUAUAAAACACGCGAGGAGAGCCACAGUUCUGAGGCACCAGCUUAUAUUAUUAAUUUACGGGGAUGCGAAGUCACACCUGACGUUCAUCUCUCUCAAGGCCGUUAUGGGAUUAGAUUAGAGGUCCCUAGUGCUGAUGGAAUGACGGAAAUGUGGAUUAGAUGUGAUACGGAACAACAAUAUGCCAAGUGGAUGGCUGCUUGCCGGUUGGCUGCUAAAGGCAGAUCAUUAGCAGACUCUUCCUACGAAAGCGAAGUUAAUAGUAUCAGCGCCUUCCUACAAUUACAAAGACCAGCUCCAGCACCUGCGAUUAAUCCUAGUUCACUUAAUAUUACACCUGAAGACUAUGUUGCGCCCAGAUAUUCCAAGAAACUUAGAGGAAAACUGGUACAAAGAAUCUUGGAAGCACAUGCAAAUGUCAAAGAUCUUCCAUUAGUCGAUGCUAAAUUAAACUACAUAAAAGCAUGGCAAUCACUGCCUGAAUAUGGCAUUUCAUUGUUCGUCGUACGAUUCACCGGAAAAAAUAAAGACGAAUUACUCGGCAUCGCAAAUAAUCGACUUAUGCGUAUGGAUUUGCACAGUGGAGAUCAUUUGAAAACAUGGAGAUACAAUACAAUGAAGGCCUGGAAUGUUAAUUGGGAAGUCAAACACAUGAUGGUACAAUUCGAAGAAGAGAAUAUAAUUUUCGAGUGCCAAUCGGCAGAUUGUAAAGUCGUACAUGAAUUUAUUGGAGGCUAUAUAUUUUUAUCAAUGCGUUCCAAAGAAGCUAAUCAAACGUUAAACGAAGAAAUGUUCCACAAAUUAACCGGUGGAUGGGUUUAA